CGACUUCUUCAUCUUCUUCCUUCUUCUCUUCUUCUAAGCUUUGCUCUUCCAUCUGCAUAUCUUUCCUCAAAUCCAUCCUCUUUCUAUCUUCUUCUGAUAAAGCUUUGAUUUUUAUGUUCACAAUACAAAUUCAAAGUGGAGAAACGUAAGUGGUAUAGUCUCUUCUCGACGAUGAAGUGUUUCUUCUUCUCUGGAGGAGACAAGAAAGAAGAACACAAGACCCCUAAUGUCUCAUUAACCUCCAACUUCUCCGACCGAGACAUUAUCCGAAGCGGGUCAGAGUUCAACUCCAGAGAUGUCUCCGGCACAAGCACUGAAUCAUCAAUGGGGAGGAAGAACUCUUACCCUCCUACAAUGUCCACUAGAGCAAGUAAUCUCAGAGAGUUCAGCAUCACUGAUCUCAAGGCUGCAACAAAGAACUUCAGCAGGUCUGUUAUGAUUGGUGAAGGAGGUUUCGGUUGUGUCUUUAAGGGAACAGUGAGGAGCUUAGAAGAUCCGACGAUCAAAAUCGAAGUUGCUGUUAAGCAGCUUGGUAAAAGAGGGCUUCAAGGGCAUAAGGAAUGGGUUACUGAGGUUAACUUUCUUGGUGUGGUUGAGCAUUCAAAUUUGGUGAAGUUGCUUGGGUACUGUGCAGAGGAUGAUGAGCGUGGGAUUCAACGGCUUUUGGUUUAUGAAUACAUGCCUAACCGAAGCGUUGAGUUUCAUUUGUCUCCUAGGUCACUCACUAUCCUUACUUGGGAUCUCAGGUUGAGAAUAGCUCAGGAUGCAGCUCGUGGUUUAGCAUAUCUUCAUGAACAAAUGGAGUUUCAGAUAAUAUUCAGAGAUAUUAAGUCUUCGAACAUUCUUUUGGAUGAGGAUUGGAAAGCAAAGCUUUCUGACUUUGGUUUGGCUCGUUUAGGUCCAUCUGAAGGAUUAACUCAUGUUUCUACUGAUGUUGUAGGUACAAUGGGUUAUGCAGCACCUGAGUACAUUCAUACAGGUCGUCUCACAUCAAAAAGCGAUGUGUGGGGUUAUGGAGUUUUCAUAUAUGAGCUUAUCACAGGGAGGAGACCUGUUGAUAGGAACAAACCUAAGGGAGAGCAGAAGCUUCUAGAAUGGGUGAGACCUUAUCUAUCAGACACAAGGAAGUUCAAGCUCAUAUUAGACCCGAGGCUAGAAGGAAACUACCCACUCAAAUCAGUUCAGAAGCUAGCAGUUGUGGCCAACAGAUGUUUGGUUAGGAACCCAAAGGCACGUCCCAGGAUGAGUGAAGUGUUGGAGAUGGUGAACAAGAUUGUUGAAGCGCCUUCAGGGAGUGGUGAUGUGCCACAGCUAGUUCCGUUGAAGAGUUUGGAGACUUCUAGAGACGCUGGAGGAGGGAAAAAGAAGAGGGGCUUAGAGAUGAGGAACAAUGGUAGUGGUGGUGAAGGAGGUUGGUUUGGUAAGUUAUGGAACCCAAAGACAAUAAGAGCUUGUUGA